GGUUCGUUCUCUGUUGAUUCCGUGUAGAGGAAGCAAGAAGAAAAACCAAGAGGAUUUCGCUCUCAGUGAAUGGAAAUACGGAUCGGCGCUGUACACGCAGCCAGAGUAAAGAGGCUGGGAUCGAAUGGAAGGAAAUAAGAAAUAAGUGGGGAUAGCACAAAAUAAGGUAAAGCCAAGGGGGCACGCGAACCGGAGACGAAGCAAAACCGCUGCAAUUGGCGAUCAACGGAUUACAACAUUAUUCCCGUUGCUGGCGAGUAAACUAUUUUCUAGAGGGAAUUGAUGGUGUCUUUACAGAGCAGAACAGACUUUGAAGAGGUGAUUUUGAAUGCACUCGGCUGAAUCAUGCUGAGUUUGUGGAUAAUAACUUUGGCUGUCAGUUUUAACAAAGUGUGGACAGCGAGGUUCUCACAGGAGCCAGCGGAUCAGUCUGUUGUUUUGGGAGAGAGAGUAGUCAUGUCCUGUGUCGUCUACAACUACACCGGAAUCGUACAGUGGACCAAGGAUGGACUGGCACUAGGCAUCGGAGAGGGCCUCAGGGCCUGGCCCAGGUACCGUGUGCUGCGGGUGAUAGACGUGGGCCAGUAUAACCUGGAGAUCUCUGCAGCAGAGCUGACCGAUGACUCCCUGUAUGAGUGCCAGGCCACAGAGGCUGCCCUACGCUCCCGGAGAGCUAAACUCACCGUCCUCAUCCCUCCCGAUGACCCAGUGAUCGAGGGCUUUCCAGAGAUCCUGCUGAGAGCCAACGUCUCCUAUAACCUGAGCUGUGUGUCCCGCGGGGCCAAGCCACUGGGCAUCAUCGAGUGGAAACGGGACGGGGUGGCCCUGGAGGGAGCCUUCAGCACCACCGAGGUUCUCCCAGACAGAAAGAGGGUGACGACAAGGAGCUUCCUGCCCAUCAUCCCAGAGGACAAAGACACGGGACACAACUUCACCUGUGUGGCCAGCAACAAGGCUGUCCCAAUGGGAAAACGCACCACCGUCACCCUCAACGUGCACCACCCCCCCAAGGUGAACCUAUCCAUGGAGCCUCGGUCUGUCCUGGAGGGAGAGAGAGUCAUCUUCACCUGCCAGGCCACCGCCAACCCUCCCAUCAUGGGUAUCCGGUGGGCGAAGGGUGGUGUUCUCCUGGAGGGGGCGAGGGAGAGUGUGUUUGUGACCUCAGUAGACCACUCCUUUCACACCGAGGCUGUCUCCUGCUCUGUGUUCAACGCCCUGGGACACACCAACCUCAGCAUCGUGGUCGAUGUACACUAUGGUCCUAUCCUGAAGGGGGCGCUCACGCCGAUUACAGUGGACAUUGACUUUGACGCCAAACUCAACUGCAAGUGGGCCGGAAACCCUCCACUCACACUCACCUGGACCAAGAAGGGAUCGAACAUGGUCCUUAGUAACAAUGAGGAGCUGGUCCUGAAGUCCGUGAGCCAGGCAGACGCGGGCCAGUAUGUGUGUAAGGCUAUCGUCCCCAGGAUCGGAGUGAGAGAGACUGAGGUCUAUCUUAUAGUCAACGGCCCUCCCAUCAUCUCCAGCGAACCAGUGCAGUAUGCAGUGAGAGGGGAGAGAGGAGAGGUCAAGUGCUAUAUCGCUAGCACCCCUCCACCCGAUAAGAUUGUGUGGGCGUGGAAGGAGAACGUGUGGGAGAAGGAGAAGGGGACUCUGUUGGAGAGGUACACAGUGGAGCAGAGUAAACCUCACUCCCAGGGAGGGGCUGUCCUCUCCACCCUCACCAUCAACAACGUCAUGCAGUCUGACUUCCACUCUCCGUACAACUGCACCGCCUGGAACGCUUUCGGACCGGGGACUAUGAUCAUCACCUUGGAGGAGAAAGAGAUCGUUCCAGUGGGGAUUAUAGCCGGUGGAAUAGUAGGAUCCUCCAUCCUGCUCCUGAUCUUUCUGCUGGCGCUGGCCUUCUUCCUCUACCGCCAACGGAAAGGCAGUCGACGUGGGGUCACUCUGGGGAAGCCAGACAUCAAGGUGGAGACGGUCAACAAGGAGACACACAGUCUGGAGGAGGAGUCAGGGAGCAUUUCCACGGCAACACGCAUGGUCAAGACCAUGUACUCCCCAUUCAAAGACGAUAUGGAUCUGAAGCAGGACCCGCGUAGUGAGCUCGAUACCCGCGAGGAGUACGAACUGAAGGAUCCAACGAACGGCUACUACAAUGUCCGCGCGACCACCCACGACGAUGCCAGGCCGUCGUCCCACUCUAUGAUGUACCAGGGAGAGUUCCGGAACUCCAACCCUCCAGGGGGAGCUACAGGAGCUACCGCCAGUGGACCACCAGGGGGCCCCGGUGGGGCGGUGGUGGCAGGAGGGGUCCCGGGGAAUCCGGGGUCACGGGCAGGGUGCUACGACCCCCGACCUCCAUCCAGGAUGUCUCAUACUAGCUACGCCCAGUUCAACACCUUCACUAGGGCUUCACUAGCCCCGCCCAACGUCACCCAUCCCUCCCAUCCCACUUCACAGACCAGCGAAUUCCCCAGUGACUGCGGCCUAUUGGACAGCAACACGCAGCCUACCUAUGACAACUACGGCUACCCCGCCAAGUAUCCCACCUAUCGGAUGGGCUUUGCCCCGCCCACGGAAGUAGGGCCAGCCUAUGAGAUGUACCCGACUGGACAAGGGGUGGGACCAGGGCCAGUCCAAGGACUAGGUCCUGGUCCAGAAACUCUGCUUGGGAAGUAUGGUACCUCCACCCGCUUCUCCUACUCCUCUCCUCCUGGUACGGACUACAAUCAGAGACACACGCAGAGGAUGCAGACACACGUGUGAUUGAUGUAUUGUGUAGUACACAGUGGUUUUCAUACACACAGAUACGUGCAUACAGUGCAUUCGAAAAGUAUUCAGAACCCUUGACUUUUUCCACAUUUUGUUAUGGUACAGCCUUAUUCUAAAAUUGAUUAAAUCGUUUUUUUCCAGCUCUAGGAAGAGUCUUGGUGGUUCCAAACUUCUUCCAUUUAAUAAUGAUGGAGGCCACUGUGUUCUUGUGGACCUUCAAUGCUGCAGAAAUGUUUUGGUACCCUUCCCCAUAUCUGUGUCCCGACACAAA